AUGUAUACGUAUGUAAUCAGUCGAGCUAUACGCGAUAUUCUCGAAAAAAGCACACCAUUAUCACCAGAAGAUUCAUCUCAAUGUAACAUUAUGUUUAAUAUUCACGGCCAUACCCACUGUGCUUUUGGGCUUUCGCACCUAGGUCAAACUUUGAUAAUUAAUCCAGGACCUCUUCAAGAAGGUAGAUUUGCUAUUUUAACAUUAGAACAGUUUAAUAAAGAAAAAUUUAAUCGUGUAAUGGAUCUGUUUCAUAUUCUUGGUAACGGUGCCAAGUUCGAUAAAAAAAGAUUUAAUGCUGAUAUUUCACUUUUUGAGCCUCAAAAUCAAAAAAAACCUGUCAAGAAUGUUAAUGACCAAGAAGCACAAGCAAAUCUUCUUCAAGAAAUCGACUUUUUUCACAACAGUAAAUCUGCUAUAAUCGAAACCCUCGGCAAGGAACAAUUGUCUAAUGAAAGAGUAACUGGAUAUAUUGAAGAGGAGACUGAUGAUAGUGAUGAAAACGAGAAUGAGAAUGAAACCUCUGAUCAAGAUGAAUCUGCUGAAUUAAAUGAUUUUAGCAAACAAGAAAAUGGACGGGACGUCAUGGCGAUGGCACCUACAGGAUCUGGUAAAACUUUGGCUUAUAUACUACCAAUUUUGCAUGAUUUAAAUAGUCACAAGAAAAUAGGCUAUCGUGCAUUAAUAAUAUCACCGACCAGAGAAUUGGCAAAACAG